UUAAUACUAUCCAUAAAAUGAAACCUAUGGUUUCAAACAACAAGCAUAGAUGUCUGACAUUUGUCGCAGAUAUCAUGUUUGUCAUAUUACUUGUACAACAAUUGACUAACAAUGUGGGCACAGCCGGCGGUGCGUCCAUACCGGGGCCCGAUAGCGACAAACUAGUGGAUCUGACCGGCGAUUUUUGUCCCGACUGUGCGCUCCGUAAGCCAACCCGCUAUGGAAAACGUGGGGACAGUAGUAGUGUUGGCAGCGAUGACGGCUUCGGCGGCGGCGACAACAGCGGACAGUUGAGUUCAGUGGACAGUUUGCUGGACAAACAGCUUCAAUGGUUUAAUCAGAAACAGUCGGCGAUGUCGUCAUUGUUGAACAAAUGGAUAAAAUAUUCACAGUUUAUAAAGGAUAGGGAGGAAUGGGAUCAUAACGUAUUGAAAACUAUCGGAUGAUUCAGUCAACUACUACUACUACUACUACUACGGCUA